AUGGCGCCAUUUGAGGCUUUGUAUAGGCAGAGGUGUAGAACAUCGUUGUGUUGGUAUGAAACUGGGGAAACGGUCUCACUUGUGACCGGAGUUGGGAGAGCUCUAAAAUCUCAGAAGCUAUCUCUUAAGCAAUAUGUGCCGGAUCCUUCGCAUGUGAUUGAUCUUGACUCGGUCCAAGUGAGAGAAGACUUGUCAUAUGACGUGCAUCCUGUAAGGAUAGCGGAUCACCGUGUUAAACAGCUGAAGGGAAAGGAGAUCUCAUUGGUGAAGGUAAUAUGGAGCUCGAGUGAUGAAGGAGAUGCCACAUGUGAAACGGAGAGUAGGAUGAGAGAGUUGUACUUGGAAUUGUUUGUGUAA